AGUGUUCCAGCUGAUUCAUAAGUAACCAGUUGUCCUUCUUUUACCCAGUUCUCUACUACAGUGACUGGAGAUAAGCAGAUCUGACCUUGCUAUAAAGCAGCGCCCCGAACUUAUCGAUCAAUGACCCGACAGUCCUAGGUGAGAGUCCCUCCUGCCAGCUGCCUGAUAUACAGAAUGGAGCUAAAGAAGAGGGUGAUAGAGCGAUUACAGAAGUGCACUGCUGAGGGAGAGCAGUAUCUGCGUUUACCUGAACUGCAGAAAGCUUCAGUACUCAUUCCUCUGUUCUUCAGAGGAGGAGAUCUUCAUGUGCUGAUGACGGUGCGCUCCAUUGAACUCAAACACAAUGCAGGGGAGGUGUGUUUUCCAGGGGGAAAGUCUGACAGAAAUGAUACAGAUGAAAUUCACACUGCUUUGAGGGAGGCAGAGGAGGAGAUCGGUCUUCCUCCUGAUGGAGUAGAAGUGGUCUGCAGAUUUACUCCAAUUUUGAAUCAGAGGGGGCUUCUGGUGACCCCAGUGGUGGGUUUCAUCAGCGAGUCUUUCAGCGCUCGGCCGAACCCCGCUGAAGUGAGUGAUGUGUUCUCUGUUCCUGUGGAGUUUUUCCUGAAGGAUGCUAAUCACACUGCCUAUCCUGUAGCCAACAUUAGUGGCAUGACUCACAGUUUCAUCUACACUGACCCCGUUACGGACAAGAUCCAUCAGAUCUGGGGACUAACAGCCAGUCUGUCCAUUCUGAUGGCUGUUCUGGUCUUUGAUAGGAAGCCUGAGUUUGAGGUUGGUUUUGAUGUUGAAAACGCCAUUGUUAAGUUUCGAAUGGAGCUUGAACACAGGAUAAGCAAGUUAUGAUCAGCAAGGUUUAUGGAAAAGCUUUCCAGGCAUAUAAAAAGUAUGAAUGUAAUUAAUAUAUGAUUUUGUAUUUUGUAUGUAAAAUAAUACUAAACUGUGUUCAGUUACUGUCUAAUUAGUGAUUUAACGA